CAAUUUAAUUUUAUAUUAAAUUUCUGCCAAUAGUUCCAUUUCACCUAAAUCUCACACACGGGACCUUUAAAUACCACAGCUGUGCAGUAGUUUAUCUCACACACCUUGUUUUUAGGAGCCUCUUGACCCAAAUCCUGAAGGUCAUUAUUCAUAUAUUUAUGAAUAAUGACCUUCAAUAUAAGUGUGAACAGUGGUGGAGGAACUACUCCAACAUUUUACAUAAGUAAAAGGACAAAUGAACAGAAACAAAUGUACACAAGUAAAAGCACCACAUUACCUUUUCUUCUUGAGUAAAAGUAAGUCAAGUUCUUAUUGGUUGCUCAUACAAAUAUAAAAUAAACAAACAGUGUGAACAUGCAACACAAUGCAUUGUCAAAUGAAAUGGAGCAGAAAGUACAGAUAUUUGCUCAUAUGUGUUGUGGAGUGAAAGUGAAUAGUACCUGAAAAUAAAUCUACUUGAGUAAAUUACAGAUACUUAAGUAAUGUAAUGAAGUAAAUGUACUUAGUUACAUCCUACCACCAAGUGUAAAAGAUAUGAAAUGAAUGAAAGAGACAGGACUACGAGAGCCAGCAGAAAGACGAGGUCUUACUCUGUUUAAUUUAACACUGUUUGAAACGAUAAACUGCAGAGCAAAUAUCAUGCAAAUUCCAAAUCGUAAUUUUCACUGGAUAAUGAGAUGUUGGCAGUUUAAACGGUAUUGACAUAAAUGCUGUCAAUAUGUUGUUUAAAACAACAUAUUGUUUUCUCUGUUUUUUUUGUGAUUAACCCAGGGGAUGCUGUCCUGGAGUUGGCGAACCGCUGGGCUAAAUACGCUUACAACCUUAUGUUGACUUGCCCUGAGCAACAUCUAUCAACAUUGUUUCAACUCAUAUCAUUUGCAAACAUUACCUAAAUUGUAGCCUCAACCUACAUUUAGUCGAGGUGCUGUCACAGUCCAGCCCUGCCGUCCUGGGAGGAGUCAGAGUCUUUAUAUUGUUAUAUCAGGAGCCACAACAGUGUCAAAGUGCAGCAGAACAGGAAUUAUCUUGUCGCUGUGAAUGACGUAUUCAACCCUGAGCUCUAAACCAGGACACAUGCAGCUGUGACGGCUCGAAGAGUCACACUUUGAUGAGAAUGAACCUCACAGCUGAGAGCCACUCCGUUCCUCUAAGUGAUGGGAACAGCAUACCCUUGAUGGGACUGGGGACAUAUGGAGACCCUCGCACGACGCCUAAAGGAACUGCAUAUGAAUCAGUUAAAGUGGCCAUUGACACCGGGUACCGACACAUUGAUGGGGCUUUGGUCUAUUUCAACGAACAUGAGGUGGGACAAGCGAUAAGGGAAAAAAUUGCAGAUGGAACCGUGAAGAGAGAAGACAUCUUCUACUGUGGGAAGUUGUGGAACACAUUCCAUCCUCCUGAAUUAGUGCGACCUACUCUUGAGCAAACGUUGAAGACGUUACAGUUGGAUUAUGUUGACCUCUAUGUAGUGGAAAUGCCGACUGCUUUCAAGCCAGGGGACACAUACUACCCCAGAGAUGACAGUGGGAAAUAUAUCUAUCAUGAGACUGACCACUGUGCAACAUGGGAGGCUUUGGAGGCUUGCAAAGAUGCCGGGCUUGUGAAAUCUCUUGGAGUAUCCAACUUUAACAAGCGACAGCUGGAGCUGAUUCUGAACAAACCUGGACUGAAACACAAGCCAGUCUCAAACCAGGUUGAAUGCCAUCCCUAUUUCACUCAGCCAAAGUUGAUUGAAUACUGCCGGGAGAAGGAUAUUGUCAUUGUGGGAUACAGCCCCUUGGGGACAUCUAGAGAUUCAUCCUGGGUGAACCUUAAAUGCCCGCCACUGUUGGAAGAUGAGCUGCUGGUAUCGGUUGCCAAAAAGUACAACAAGACCACAGCCCAGGUGGCCCUGAGAUUCAACGCGCAGAGAGGAGUGGUGGUCAUCCCAAAGAGCUUCAACGCAGUUCGCAUAAAGGAGAACUUUCAGAUAUUUGACUUCUCUCUGACGGAGGCUGAGAUGAAGGCAAUUGAGGGGUUGAACAAGGAUAUUCGUUUCGUGGAGCUCCUCAUGUGGGCAGAUCAUCCAGAGUAUCCGUUUCAUGAUGAAUACUAGACACCACCGAUUUCAAGCUUGUUCAGUUUAUUAGGGGGGAUUUGCUCUCUCAUCUCAUGUUGUAUCUCUUGUUGUAACUGUCCACCUAUUUCUAUAAACUGUACUAUUACAACUGCA